UGAAGCUCUUUCUUCCCUCUACUUGAGUCUCAUGAAAACUGCGAAGUUGGGCAUUCUACGUGAACGCAGAGAUGAACUCCUCCAUUCUUCCCUCUCGAAAGCUUUAUCAUCUGCACAAAACCCCAAACAACUUCACAAAGUCCACACCCUCUUAAUCACAUCAGGUCUUGAAAGAUCUGCCUUCUUCUCUGGCAAGCUCAUAAGCAAAUAUGCCCAGCUCAAGGACCCCAUUUCUUCUUUUUCGGUCUUUCACCAACUCUCUCCUGCUGCCAACGUCUAUCAGUGGAAUUCGAUAAUUAGAGCGCUCACCCACUGUGGGUUGUUUUCAAAAGCUCUUGAACUUUACGCCAAAAUGCGGGAUAUGAAACUUAAGCCUGAUACGUACACAUUCCCUUCUGUGAUUAAUGCGUGCGCAGCUGCGGGGGAUUUUCAGACGGGUUGUGUUGUUCACAAUCAUGUUUUGGAAAUGGGUUUUGGAUUUGAUUUGUAUAUUGGGAAUGCUCUAGUAGAUAUGUAUGCAAGGUUCGGUGAUUUGAUAAAAGCACGUAAUAUAUUUGAGGAAAUGCCCCACAGGGACAUUGUGUCGUGGAAUAGCUUGAUUUCGGGGUAUAGUGCUAAUGCGUAUUGGGAGGAGGCUUUAGAAAUUUAUUACCAGGCAAGAAUAGCUGGGUUGAAACCCGACCCUUUUACCAUUUCAAGUGUCCUCCCUGCUUUUGGAGGCUUGCUUGCUAUUAAAGAGGGUGAGGUGGUUCAUGGAUUGGUCGAAAAGCUUGGGAUCAAUGCCGAUAUCAUAGUGAGCAAUGGACUUCUGUCUAUCUAUUUCAAAUUUGGUAGGCUAAUGGAUGCUCGAAGAGUUUUCAACCAGAUGGUUGUCAAGGAUACGGUCAGUUGGAACACUUUGAUAUGUGGAUAUUGUCAAAUGGAAUUGUUUGAAGAGUCGAUUGAGUUAUUUAUGGAGAUGGUAAGGAGCUUUAGACCAGAUUUGUUGACAAUUACGUCUAUUCUUCGUGCUUGUGGUCUCCUGCAGGACUUGGAAUUUGGAAAGUUUGUUCAUGAUUACAUGAUAAGAAGUGGUUUUGAAUGCGAUGUCACAGCAAGUAAUAUUAUUAUUGAUAUGUAUGCUAAGUGUGGGGAUUUAGUAGCUUCAGGAAAAGUCUUUGACAGGAUGAAAUAUAGGGAUUCUGUGUCAUGGAACACAUUGAUCAAUGGUUAUAUUCAAAGUGGGAGCUAUGAUAAAGGGGUGAAGCUUUUUAAGAAGAUGAAGAUGGACUUGAAACCUGAUUGUAUCACUUUUGUGGCACUCCUGUCUAUCUGUACUCGAUUAGCAGACAUGGAACUGGGAAAAGAAAUCCACUGUGAUUUAGCUAAAUUAGGAUUUGAUUCAGAUUUGGUAGUAUGUAAUGCUUUAGUUGAUAUGUAUGCUAAGUGUGGCAAAAUAGAUUACGCCCUUAUGGUUUUUGAAAAUAUGAAAGUUCAUGACAUAGUAACGUGGAAUACAGUUAUUGCAGCUUGUGUCCAGGCUGAAGAUUGUAGUUUGGGAUUAAGAAUGGUUAACCAGAUGAAGAAUGAGGAAUUCAUGCCAGAUAUGGCUACCAUGUUAGGUAUAUUGCCUAUCUGUUCUGCAAUAGCUGCCAAAAGGCAAGGGAAAGAGGUUCAUGCUUGUACUUUCAAGCUUGGAUCUGAGUCAGCUGUUUCCGUUGGGAAUGCAUUGAUUGAAAUGUACUCCAAAUGUGGCAAUUUAAUGUACUCUAUCAGAGUGUUUGAGCAUAUGAAAACAAAAGAUGUGGUGACAUGGACUGCAUUGAUCUCUGCAUAUGGGAUGCAUGGUGAGGGAAAGAAUGCUUUGAAAUCUUUUGAGGAGAUGUUAGCAGCUGGGCUUAUUCCUGAUCAUGUCGCUUUUAUUGCCAUCAUCUAUGCCUGUAGUCAUUCAGGUUUAGUGGAAGAGGGUCUGGCUUACUUUGACCGCAUGAAGAAGGAUUACAACAUUGAGCCCAGUAUUGAACACUACGCUUGUGUGGUUGAUCUUCUGUCCCGGUCUGGCCAGUUAUCUAAAGCAGAAGAGUUUAUCAAUUCAAUGCCACUGAAGCCAGAUGCAAGCAUAUGGGGAGCUUUACUUAGUGCUUCUCGAGCAAGUGGAGACCUAAAGAUUGCAGAACGCAUCUCACAACAUAUUGUUCAAUUAGAUUUUGAUGAUCCUGGAUAUUAUGUUUUAGUAGCAAAUGUUUAUGCAGCUUUAGGGAGGUGGGAUGAUGUCAGAAUGAUACGAAAAUCCAUAAAGGUCAAAGGACUGAAAAAAGAUCCUGGAUGCAGUUGGAUUGAAAUUAAGAAAAGGGCGUAUGCUUUUGGGACUGGAGAUAAGUUCUUUAAACAGUAUGAAAAGGUAAAUAAGUUAUUAGGGACCCUUGCUAAUUUGAUGGCCAAAGAAGGUUAUGUAGCUGAUUUGCAAUAUGCUCUUCAUGAUGUUGAGGAGGAUGAAAAGAGAGGCUUACUUUAUGGCCACAGUGAAAGGCUUGCCAUAGCAUUUGGAUUGUUAAAUACAGAACCAGGGACCCCCUUACAAAUAUUGAAAAACCUUCGUGUUUGUGGGGAUUGUCACACUUGGACCAAGUACGUAUCAAAGAUUGUAAAACGGGAAAUAUUAGUAAGAGAUGCCAAUAGAUUUCAUAAGUUCCAAGAUGGGACAUGUAGCUGUGGAGAUCAUUGGUAAUAUACUUCUUCAAAUAUCACAUUUUUUAAUGAUAAACAAGUUGAGUGAUGGAUGAUG